AUGCAUCAAGACUCAGAGCGCCGCAGACUCCUGUGUGCAAUCCGCCAAUGGAACUUAAAGCGACCCGACCUCUUCGAAAUUAGUGAACCCAGCGAGGACUUGGUAUUCCACGGCAUCAUAAGAUUCUACCAUCAGGAGCAUGUUGCAGGGAAUUCGUCCACCAAGUGCAUCCUUGUUUCCAGCACAGCAACUGUUAAAGAACUUAUUGGAGCCCUGCUGGAGAAGUUCAGGCUUGAUGUUAGAAUGCUCUCUUACUCCAUAUAUGAGGUCCGAGGAAAAGACGAGGAAAGGAAGUUGGCGCUGACUGAGAAUCCAUUGGUGGUACAGCUGAACUGGAUUAAAAACGGCAAAGAUGGACGUUUUGUCCUGAGAAAAGACAGUCAUAUUAUGUCCCACAUGAUACAGAGUACUGGCACCAAGGCUAAAGAGAAGCUUGGGGUCAUUCAGAGCUUCAAGAGAACAAUGUCAAAGAAAGAUAAAAAGAAAAAAAAGAAGGGAGAUAGUUCAAACGAAGAUGAACCAUUUGGUAGUGAAAAUAAUGGAUACCUGGAAAGUCUGACUGCACUAAAGGACAUAAAUCAGCAGCAGACCAACUCAGACAAGAUAUUUGUUGUUGCAGAUGAAGAAGCCUUCUUGCGUGCUGUCGUGAACUACACCAACAGUUCCACAGUGCACUUCAAGCUCUCUCCAGCCUAUGCAUUUUAUCUGACAGGGCGCUUUGCACUCAGUGUUAGUGAGAAGAGCAGAGGUCCUCAGAGGACUUCACACAGAGUUGCCAGCAUUGUUAACAAGAUGGUGGACAUGACAGGUGAAGUCAUUCAGAAACAGAAAGACAUUGCUGUUGCUCUGGCCUUUUGGCUGGCCAAUGCCUCAGAGCUGCUGAACUUCAUCAGACAGGACAGAGACCUGGGCCCUCUCACACUGGAAGCCCAGGACAGUCUGGCACAUGCAGUCCAAAAGGCCUUUGAAUAUCUGUCACAGCGUCUACAGGCAGAUCUUGAGAAUGAACUGCCAGCUUUUCUGACUGGCGCUGACGAUUUCAAGACUCCAGGAGCUGUAACAGAUGGUGUGUUGAACACUCUGAUCAGGACCAUGGGGUUGCUGCGUAGGUGCAGGGUUCACCCUGCUCUCUCCAUUCAGCUCUUCUCACGGCUCUUCCACUUCAUGGCUGCCUGGCUCCUCAACAGGCUGACAAGGCCCCGGGUCAACUCUCCAACUCUGUGUUCACACUACUGGGGAAGAACUCUGCGCCAGCGGCUCGGAUAUGUGGAGGCCUGGGCAGAGAGACAGGGGCUGGAGCUGGCUGCCGAUUGCCAUUUGAGCCUUAUUAUACAGGCUACGAUGCUCCUUACCAUGAGUAACCUCUCCAUUCAAGAUGCUCAGAAAAUCCAUAGCACCUGCUUCAAGCUAAACUCUCUGCAGCUACGAGCACUGAUGACUAACUACGAACCUGUCCUCAGACAGCCCUCAUUUCACCCGAGUUUGAUUGAUAGAGUAGUUCUCCUGACAGAGAGUUCAUCAGAUGAUAUGUUUAGAAAAGAGGGGCGACCUAUCAGACUAGAGGAAGAUCCAUCUCUGCCCCUGCCGUUCCUGUUGCCUGAGGAGGGAUAUUCCUGUGAUUUCAUGCAAGGCAUUCCUCCAGGAUUCCAGGAGUUCUUAGAGCCAAUCUGUCGUAAAGGUCUGUGUACACUGAUCCCUCUGCCCUUCUCAUUUGGCUCCUGGACUGUCCACUUCAACACAUCACGUAGUGUCCCUACAGAGAACACAGAUUUGGUAUGUUAUUCUAAACCUGAGAUUGUUAAGAUCACUCUGAAGAAACCAAUGAACAGUGGACUGGGUGUAAGCAUUGUCGCAGCCAAGGGAACUGGACAAGAGAAGCUGGGUAUUUUCAUUAAGUCUGUGGUUAAGGGAGGGCCAGCCCAUGUGGAUGGCAGACUAGCUCCCGGAGACCAAUUGCUCAGUGUGGAUGGGCAGAAUUUGGUAGGAUUGUCACAAGAAAGGGCAGCAGAGACUAUUCUGUGCACUGGAUCUACUAUCGAACUGGAGAUUGCAAAAUUAGGGUCUGUUUUUUAUGGUCUGGAAGAAGCACUCAAUCAGCCAUCUCAAUUAACAGUGAAAGAUGACAGUAAUGUUGGGAGGGUCAUGCAGUGGUCCAGUAACUCUGGUUUAGAUACCACCCCAGAGAAGACCUUGUCACGCCAACAAAGACUUUCAGGGCAGCGUGGGGACUACCAAACAGUAAACAGAGGAACUAGGACGCACAAUAAAACCUUUUUGAAACGCAGAGUGGAGUUUUGUUCUAACCCCAUCUUGGCCCAACCUCCAAACUGUGGAGAAAUGUCUGUUGACUCAGCCAUGUCUGAACAGAAGUUAACAUCUGUCUCUGUUGACAAUCUUUUCGCUGCUGAGCAGUCUGCCUCUGUCCUGUCAGGCUGGGAUAAUGAUUAUACACAGACCCAUCACAGAGAGUACUUAACGCUGCCAACCUCUAGACUUCACGGAAAGCAAAAUUCAGCAGUAUCUGAUCAGCCUCGUUUCUCUGAACUCUCAUGGAAUUCCAAUAACAUGAACUCUUUGAAACAGGCUUGUUCCCAGGAAUACCUGAGUGUGGAAAGUGAGAGACCCCUGGUGGACAAACCAUACAAUGUAAGAAGCCAGUUGGAUCUUAGAGGAUGUGGAAAUCACAGUCCAGUGAAGCCAGUUAUACUCAGUGAAAAUUUAAGAGGCACCUCUGGCUGCUGGAAGACCUCAACGGCAGUCCAUCUCAUGGCAUCAUCACAGCCUAAACGCAUAGAUAUCCCACUCAUAGAGUCCACUAAAGUUCCAAAAAACCUCUCAUUUGUCACAUUCCAGCAGCCUGGAGCGACUGCUAUGAAGAGGCACGGAUGUGACAAGGACUAUACACAAGGAUAUACAAGCAGAUAUCCCACACUGCCAUCAGAGCCUCAGCCUCAAUCUCAUGUCUUGUCCGAGAGACCUCCACAGCAGCAAAUCUUUGAAAAACAAUCAGCAAGCCUUGCUAUGAAUCUCUCAACUUUUCAGGGUGGUCAAAGUAAUAGGGGUCUUUCACAGCAUGGUCUUGGCGCUACCCCUAAGCAGCCAAGCAACAGUACAACCAACAGGACCAGGGAGCUGUCUGCUGGGGAAGGCCUCUCUCCAGACCCCUGGAGGAGGGAGGCACGGGAACAACUAGAGAAGCAACAGUGGCACCAGUCUUUGAACCAGCUGGAGCAGGAGGUGCUACAACUGCAAGCUAAAGUACAGCCUACCUUAGAGGAAAAUGAACGCCUAUGCAGACUGUCCUUGGAGUUGCAGUUUCAGAGGAGGUUGCAGGAGCUCCAGCAGAAUGGAGAUGAUGAAGAUGAUGAUGAUGAUGUGGACUUUGAAAUGAUAACACAACGACUUGAGGCAAAAAGCACUGUUCAGGGUCAGGAAGAGGAGCAACAGCUCACCGAGAAUCAUACACAGGAACUGGAGCAAGAGGAGAAUCAGCCGUCUGCACACAACAAAUCCAGCCACACAAUAAAAGUGAUCGGAGCCUAA